UGCAUUCAAUUACUUCGACUAAAAACAACCCAAGUCCCAACUAACCUUAGAUCCACCAGCUUCAUCUUCUUCUUCCCACUUGUUCACAGCCUCUGCAAUUUUCUAGGGUUAGGGUUUUGCAAAGCUAUUUGAAUCAUAUAACAUUGUAUGAUCAUUAAUAGUUCUGUAUAGAAAGUAUUGUUGUGUAUAAUUUUGUAGUGAAUUAUAAGGUAUAGAUCAUAAAUCACAAUGCAAUCAAAAACUCAAAUUUUAGCUCCAGGUCUAAAUCUCUUUCCGAACCUUAAACCCCCAAACAAAACUCUAACUUUUCACCAAAUCUCAGUACUAAUCUUAACUUUUCUUGCUUAUGCUUCAUUUCAUGCCUCUAGAAAACCUCCUAGCAUUGUCAAGAGCGUCCUUGGACCCAAGAUCAACUCAAAUCCAUCCACAAUUGACUCCACUGUGAACUUGCGUGAAUCCAAUUCGAGCUCGAUUGAUACGGGUUGGGCUCCUUUUGAUGGUCCAGAAGGAACCCAGCGGUUAGGCGAACUCGAUCUCGCAUUUCUUUUGUCUUAUUCGAUUGGUAUGUAUUUCGCCGGCCAUGUUGGUGAUCGGAUCGAUUUGAGGCUGUUUUUAGUGUUUGGAAUGAUGGGUAGUGGUAUUAUGACGAUAAUAUUUGGUUUAGGCUAUUGGUUUAGUAUCCAUGUUCUCUGGUUCUAUGUUAGUGUUCAAAUUGUUUGUGGGAUUAUUCAAUCAAUUGGGUGGCCUUGUGUGGUGGCAGUUGUGGGAAACUGGUUUGGAAAAUCUAAGAGAGGUUUGAUCAUGGGGGUUUGGAAUUCACACACCUCUGUGGGGAACAUUAUUGGAUCAGUUGUAGCAUCUGGGGUCUUGGAAUUUGGAUGGGGUUGGUCUUUUAUGGUGCCUGGAAUGUUGGUCAUUUUAGUUGGGGUUUUUGUGUUUUUCUUUCUUGUUGUGAGUCCUGAUGAUUUGGGAUUUGAGCCUAUUGGUAAGGAGAUUGAGAUGAGUGUGGAAGAGGGUGGUAAUGUGGAUAAUUCUGUGGAGAAAGUGGAGUCAGAGAAAGCUGGGCUUCUCCAUCAAGCUGAGAAUUCUGAUUCUCUUGUUACUGAGAAUUCUGAUACUCUUCAAGCGGAGAAUUCUGAUUCUUUAGCUGCAAUUGGUUUCUUGGAUGCGUGGAGGCUACCCGGCGUGGCACCCUUUGCUUUCUGUCUCUUCUUCUCCAAGCUGGUGGCUUACACUUUCCUAUACUGGUUGCCUUUCUACAUAAGACACACAGCCAUUGCAGGUGUACAUUCCUCCCACAAAACUGCGGGAAUUCUCUCUACAAUAUUUGAUAUAGGAGGGGUCUGUGGAGGGAUUUUGGCAGGUUUAAUCUCUGAUGUAAUUGAAGCUCGUGCCCUUACUUCUAUAGUAUUCUUGUUACUAUCAAUUCCAGCCCUUGUUUUCUACCGGGUUUAUGGAGGCCUUUCCAUGAUUGCCAACAUAUGUUUGAUGUUCCUUUCUGGGUUGCUUGUAAAUGGCCCGUAUGCACUCAUAACAACAGCCGUUGCAGCUGAUCUUGGUACUCAGACCAUGAUAGGAGGAAACUCUCGUGCAUUAGCUACUGUGACUGCAAUCAUAGAUGGAACUGGUUCUGUUGGGGCAGCUCUUGGACCACUUUUGGCUGGGUAUAUUUCCACCAAAGGAUGGAACAGUGUUUUUCUAAUGCUAAUUCUUUCAGUCUUCUUUGCAAGUUUGUUCUUGAUUCGUAUUGCAAGAACUGAGAUUAAAGGGAAGUUGAGCGAAGGAAAAUGGUCUUGGAAUAGUGUAGGCACACAUUGAGUUUGGAUUUUUUAAAGGUUCCACCUAAUGUUUGUAUUUCAUUUUGGAAAGAGCACAAUUAUAAAGUUGCUCAAGCCAUAUUUUUGUAAUUUUUUUGUAUCUUAUUCUUUACUCACAUGUUAUCAGGUUUCAUAUACAUGUAUAAAAAUAGCUGCUGAAUAAAAUUCAUCCACUUCUAUUUGGUUUCGGAUAAACAUUUUCGUU